AUGACUCCCGAAACACCGCAGCCUGCUCAACCCCAGCCUUAUGGUGAAGGAGAGGAAAGUCGGUCUAUUCCGGUUCUCCCUCCCCCAGACAGGGGAUUGGCGGCCUCAAGGUUUCUUUUCGCAUGCUUUAUCGUAGAAGCAGUGCUCUGGGGCUUCCCCAUGGCCUAUGGGGUGUUCCAGUCGUACUAUUCGCAGCAAGCCGAAUUUGCUGGUUCGCCCAACGUCGCUGUGGUUGGCACCGUGUCGACCAGCAUCUACUUUCUCGGUGCACCGGUGGCUACCCCACUUGUCCGACGAUUCCCUCGGUGGCGGUAUCGCAUGGUCCUGCUUGGCACCAGCCUUUGCAUCCUGUCCCUCCUUGGAGCUUCUUUUGCCUCGUCAGUCUCUGUGCUGAUGGCUGCUCAGGGCGUGCUUUAUGGAUUGGGGUUCUUGAUCAUCUAUUUUCCCCUCCUGUCAAUGCUCAACGAAUGGUUCAUCCAACGCCGGGCCUUUGCCUACGCGAUCGUCUACGCCGGUGGCGGCCUCAGCGGCAUAGGGCUUCCCUUCCUGUUUGAGUGGCUGUUGGCGCGGUAUGGCUUUCGCACUACGCUGCGCAUCUUCAUCAUCGUCCAACUCGUUCUUCUAGUCCCCAUCCUGCCCCUCUGUCGGCCACGAUUACCCGCCUCGCCUCAGCAGCUUAGAACGACGACCCGCUGCAUUGACGAGUUUGCUUUCGUCCAGCGACCGCUGUUCUGGGUUCUCGCUGUCUCGAACCUCGCCCAAAGCUUUGCGUAUUACAUCCCGUCGCUGUAUCUCCCGAGCGUGGCCUCCAGCAUGGGCUUGUCCGGAACCCUGGGGGCCUUGGUCCUCGCGGCUCUGAACCUGGCGACGGUGUUCGGGCAACUCAGCGUGGGCUACCUGGUAGAUCGGCUCAGUAACAGCAAGAUAUUCACGCUGGUGGUGAUGACGGGGAUGAUAUCUGGAGUGGCCACCUUCACCCUUUGGGGGCUGGCGAGAUCACUGGCCCCUCUGCUAGUGUUUAGCUUGGUGUAUGGGCUGUCUGCGGGGGUCUACGUGGUGCUCUGGCCGCGCUUCGGCUCGAUGCUGGCGGACGAUCCGCAACUGGUUUUCAGCUGGAUGGCGUUCGGCAAGGGACUCGGCAAUAUUUGCACCGCGCCCAUUGCCGAGGGUCUGCUGCGAGAGUCGAAGAGUUCCGCCAGCUUUCGGUUCGGCAUGUUCGGGCCCCUCGUCGUUUACCUCGGCGCUCUCAUGCUGGUCUCCUCUUUGGGGGGUCUGGGAUAUUUCUUGAGACAGUCGCGGGGAGAGAACAGGAAAUCCCCCUUCGGACUGUUCGGCAGAUCUCGUAUCUCCUCGUCUUAA